CCAACCACGUGAAUAAUUCAAAUACACGAGGAUAAUGUGAAAGAAUCAUAAAAUAUGUUUUCCUAACAAUAAACGAAGCCAUAAGAAUUGAAAAAUUACGAUCCAGAUAUCUAUAUUUUUAUUAAACUUCUUGACGUAACUUCUUAAAAGCGGUUUAUUGACUGGUAGCUGUUUCUAAGAGCUGGAGAUUUGAAGCUAUAUAUCAUGGGUGGUAUUUAAAGAAAAGACGUCGGGCUUUUCCUCUUUUGACACAUAAGAAAGAUUAUUUGGUUUCCACGAGGCGAGGUCUAGGUUGGCCAAGAUGGCUGCCAUAGUAACGGAUACUAUUAACUUUGAGCAAGAAGGUGACAUAAGCAGAAAAACAAAGCUGACCAACAUGACUUCAUUAUUUUUCAAAACUGCUGUAUUGUCGUUCCUGGUAUUCACAACGUAUCUUCUGUUUCGUAUCGAACGAGAGCAAACUGCAUUGAACGUCAAACGAGGCAUGGCGUUGAUAAAACACAGACACGGUCACGGACCACCACAGAUGCUGCACGAUUCGCUUUAUGACAUUGAUGACGACGAUGAUGAUGCCGAUGAAAAAGAUGCUGCUAUUUUUGAUGUUUUGCCUCAUCGUACAUCUUGGAGUGAAUGGAGCCGAUGGAGCCGAUGUAGCAGCCGGAAGUACUGUGGAGAAGGAAACCAGUAUCGUAAACGUACAUGCAUCUUGGAAGAUAGCAAGGGAUUUUGUACUGGAGUAUCUAUGGAGUCACGUGAUUGCCCAGAUACCUCUUGUGUCCGAGAUAACCAUCGAACCCCAGGUUUAGCCGACGAAUCUCCUGCAGCAGAAACCUCAUUCAUCGCCCAAGAAUGUAAUGCAACAACCAAGUACUACGCGAGGGGAAAGCAAGCAGAAAAUAUCCCCCAAGAUGUCUUUAAUCUUUAUCCUUCUGCAAAAAGACUCUUGACUAGUGGAUUCUUUGCUGUGCAGGAGAUUCCUAAGGUUCUUUCCUCUGAAGAAAACAUAACCAAGGUGUGCUUCGAACCUCUUGGCUCGUGGAACUUACGUUCCAUUCGCAAAGCAUUCCACUUGAACCGCUACACGAAAGCUUCCAUCAAAAACAUGAAUUCCAAUCAUCUUAUUGGAAUUACUAUAGGGCUGAAGCCUGAUGGGACCCUUUACGGAAUAAACGUCGCUACGGGAACACCAGGAGCUAUGUAUAGUAUCAUGUACUACCGGAGAUUCCGAGGGAGAAGCUUUCACGAAGAUUAUUUAACGUUCUAAUUUAAGCGAUCAAUAAGACCGAUGAACUGUUUUGUAAAAAURAGCAGCUUUAUUUAUAAGAGAUGGAAGAUUAUUUAACGUUCUAAUUUAAGCGAUCAAUAACACCGAUGAACUGUUUUGUAAAAAUAAGCAGCUUUAUUUAUAAGAGAUGGAAGUUUAAUAAGUGCAGUCUAGAUAAGUUUGGA